AUGCUAUAAGGGGCCUAUGUUCUGCACAAAAAAUAACUACAUUUUAGGGGUGCUGUAAAUGAAAUAGAUUCUCCCCAGGUUCUCCUCCCUCCUAACUGAACUGCACAAUGUGUUGGCCUUUCCUUUCUUCAUUGAAGAGCCAAUACUUAACUAUGAUGAACCAUGGAGAUGUUUAAUUAUUUCAUAACAGAUACUACAAGUAGUUCUCAUUUUCAUCAGAAUGUUGCCUAGUUGUUAAAAAAUUAGUAAACAGGAACAGAAGUCUUCCUUUAAUAUUAUUCAUGUUUCAUAGGACUGAAGCAUUCAGGAAGUCAGGAAAGAUAAUUUUUUGCAGAUGCCACUUGUAUAUUCAAGGGGUGGGGAGGUAGGGAGUGGGGAGGUGCGGAACGUCGUUUAAAAUGCAAGAAGGGCCAUUUCUUCCACUGUACUGUUCCUUCUUCUCCUCCAAGAGUGAAUACUUUUCAAAUAUUGCUGCUACCUUUUUUCCUGAACUGAGAGACCUCAGGACCCCAUUCCUAAACCAACUCACCUGUCACAUUGAUAAGUUAACAUAUUCCUCCUAAACAUGGUUUACACCAUCUUCAUGUAAUUUUUUUCCUAAUUUUCCUGCAAUUAUUGUUUCCUCCUCCCUUCCUUAUCUGUAUUUGAUUUCUCUCUCGUCUCCCACUGCAAACUACUAGUAUUAUUUCCAUUUUCCCUUUGUCACUGAGGCGUCCCCACUUCAGUGGAGAGCUCUUCCAUGCUUCAGACACUAAGAAUAAGGGGAAAGAAAAUCAAAGUCAAUACUUGGGAGUGCUCUAGGUCAGGUAAGAAGCCUUACAUUGGGGGAGUGUAGAAGCCUGACUGCUUAUGCUGAGCCUUUGUUUACCCACAGCCAUGAUGGACUCCAAUAAGAUGACCAUCAACUUGGUCCUCUUUGGCAUGACUCAAAGUGGAAAAAGUUCUGCUGGGAACAUUCUUCUGGGAAGCACUGACUUCCACAGCAGCUUUGCUCCAUGUUCUGUGACCAAAGAUUGCAGUCUGGGCCGCAGCUGUCACUUCCACAGCUUCAUGCGUCGAGGCGGGCAAGAGGUAACCCUGCAGGUCCAGGUGCUGGACACUCCAGGUUAUCCGCACAGCAGGCUGAGCAAGAAGCAUGUGAAGCAGGAGGUCAGGGAGGCCCUGGCACAUCACUUCGGGCAAGAGGGUCUGCACCUUGCACUGCUGGUCCAGAGGGUGGAUGUGCCUCUAUGUGAAGAAUCUUCCCCAGUCCAGAUGAUCCAGGAACUUCUGGGACAUGCUUGGAAGAAUUACACUGCCAUUCUUUUCACCCAUGCAGAAAAAAUCGAAGAGGCUGGGCUCAAUGAAGAUGAAUACUUACAUGAGGCCUCUGAUACACUGCUAACCCUACUAAAUUCUAUUCAGUGCAGAUACAUUUUCCAGUAUAAAAAAGGAAACUCGCUUAAUGAACAAAGACUAAAAAUCUUAGAAAGGAUCAUAGAAUUUAUAAAAGAAAAUUGUUACCAAGUUCUUACCUUUAAAUGAGAUUUAGGUGAAAGGAAAAGGGCUUUGGGUUUUAGAGCCAGCAACCUGGUUUCAAAAGUGCCUUUGUUAGCAUGAAUGUGGACCAUGAGAAUUUCCACGUGCUGCCAGCGAGAGUGUACAUUGGUAUAACCACUUUGGAAAACUGUUUGGCAAUUAAAAAUAAGAUUUCUAAGGCAAAUCCUAUGACACAGUAAUUAUACUCUGAAGUAUAUAUCCAACAGAAAUGUAUACAUUUGUGCACUAGAAGACACGUAUGUACAAGAAUGUUCAUAGCAGUACUAUUCAUAAUAGCUAAAAACUGGAAAUUAUCCAAAUGUCUACUAAGAGUAAAACGGAUAAGCAAAUUGUGGUAUAUUUAAACAAUGAAAUAUUAUACAGUAAUGAGAAUGAGCAAACUACAACUGCAUGUAACAAGAUCGAUGAAUUACCCAAACAUGAUGUUGAAAGAAAGAAGCCAGACAUAAAAGAAUACAUACUCUAUGAUUUCAUUUGUAUAAAUUUCAAAAACAGUCAAAACUAAUGUAAUUUUAACUAUUUUGACGUGAGAAGUGUUGGAAGUCAAGUUACCCUUGGUGGAGUGGGGGGGAUAGUGAGUGAAAGCACACACCGGGGCGGCUUCUCAGAUUCCAGUAAUGUUCUAUUUCUUGAUCUGGAAGUUGGUUUCACAGAGUGUGUUCCCAUUGGGAAAAUUCGACAAUAGACACUUCUGACUUACGAACUGUUUACUAUAGAUGUUAUACUUAAAUAAAAGUUAAAAAUGAAUAAAUUAUUAUCCAUAUUUUCAAA